UUUUAUGAUGAAUGUGGCAGACGUUGUGAACUACAGGAUGGGAAAUUGGUCAAAUGCUGCAGACUUCGUAAAGAAUUCACUGAUAUGAGCUGCGAAGAGAGGAUCCGCUACAUCAACACUGUGAAAACAGCCUCCACCCACCCAGUGUACAAACCUCUGUACGACAAUCUUACAGGACUGCAUAAAACUGUCUUUUAUGGUUAUGGAAUCCACCAAAAAGACUUCUUCCUUCCCUGGCAUCGCUGGUACAUAUUACAAUAUGAAAAUUUGCUUCGAAAGAUCGAUUGUCGCGUCACCGUUCCGUACUGGGAUUGGAGCCUGGUAGCUGGUGAUCCUUGGUCGAGCUCAAUAUGGAACACUGGUGACGAUGGAUUUGGUGGAAACGGAGUGCCGUGGCAGAGGUGUGUUAAUACUGGUCCCUUCAAGGCAACGGUUUGGUCGCUUCCUGCAAGCGCUGGGGAAGGUUGUCUAAGAAGAAACUUUACUGGCUUCGUACCGGACGCAAUCACGGUUAAAAAUGUGAUCACGAUACUGUCAAAUUUCAACCAAUUCGAAUAUAUAUUGCGAAACGCAUUCCAUAACGGUGUUCAUUGCUCUAUAGGCGGAACAAUGUGCAGCAAUGAUUCAGCGACAGCUCCUGAAUUUUUCCUUCAUCACGGCUUCGUCGAUAAAAUCUGGUGGGAUUGGCAGAAGAGUCACACGUGCAAGGGUUACGACUUCUUCCACGACCAAACCGGAAAAAUGCCAUUCACGCCCUAUCGUUCACGAGAUUUUCUCGAUUUAAAAGAUCAACCAGACUGUGUGUGUGUUGAAUACGUUGAUCCGAAAAACGACGUGUAUGGAAGAAUUAAAGUUAUGUCCCAGAAAAUCAUUCCGAAAACGCCACGAUCAAAACUUCCCCCGGUAUCCGACGAUGCAAAGAGUUUGUUCAAUGUCUCCGAGGCGGAAAUGGGAACACUUUCACAGUUCGAAGCUAAAAUUCAGCCCAAACUUGUUCAGGAAAGGAGCUCCUUACGUGGAAAGGAAGCAAUGCUUGGUUUCAAUUCAAGUUACUUAUACUAAGGGAAAGAUCAUUAUUCAUAACUACAACAUAUAGCAACAAUUGGGACUCCUUAAUUAAGUUUAACUUAGUCAGUGUGAUUAGUCUUAGCUAUAGAACGUUAUAUAUAAUUUUGAAGAUAGUAAGCAGAAUUUAUACGUUUUGUUUUGCGGAUCAGCUUUGGCCUCAAACCUCAGCCACAUAAUUCAUCAAGUACGUGAUGCAGAAAUGCAAUCAUGCUUGCACAAUUUCCUUUUUCAUCUAUAACGCAUAUGAUAAUUAUAUAUGCCCUAAUUAUAUAUACUCGCAUAGUCGUAAACUUAUAGAUAGCGAUAGUUUCAGCAUGCAGUGAGACACAUUGGUAACGGCGAAAAAUAGGCGGAUAUACUUACACCUGCAUGGGCAUUAACUCUAAUUCCUAUCAACAAAUCUCUACACGUUUAAAUCUAGAUGUUAUCAAAUAAUGAAUAAAAUAAACUUGCAAUACUGCAUGAAAGCCUCGCGAAUGUUUAUACAAUUUCUACAAUGCAU